CUCCGACUUCAUCCGCCUCUGCAACAGAGGGCAGACGAUUGCACGAGGGUUGCUGACCGAACCCAGCCAGCUCAGACGUACACACCCAGACUCUCUUCGUGUACACAUCCCCACGCGUACACAAACACAUUUGCAGGCGCACACACACAUACACACACAGUUCACGCGAGUGGCGGGCUAGACGGGGACGCCGGCGCAACACCGCUGACAUGAGCACGGGCGGCACACGCGGCCACCACCACCACGCACGUGUGGACGCAUUCUUACCCGCGCUGCUGGAGGCGAGGCACCGCUCCCUCCCCUCUCCGCUGGCACUCACUGACACAUACGCCGACCCGCCUGGCACCGCCCCACGCGCUCACCCACACCUCCACCUGCACUUCUUCUGAGCGUACGGCACGUCACCUCGGACCUGUACCUACCCGUGAGGCAUCAUCAUCUCCUCCUGUUGACCUCCGCCCGUACUGGCCGGACUUGGUGCUUCCUGUGCCCCACACCCUCUACACGGUGUGUUGUAGCUAGAGGAUCAGAGGACCUUGGUGGUGUAUCGGGUAUCUUCCCGCCUUACGCAGCAACGUCACCUGCUGCUGUUGUUGCUGCCACGGCCCUGCUUCAGUUUGUUUUAACGUGCAGUGUCGAGUGUGUGUGAGUGGCAUCAGCCAACACAUGGUCCCGCGCUCUGCCCACCCGCGACUGUGCCACACCUGUGUCAGAUUCGUGCCUGCUCUGGCUGAUCGAGGAUUCCUUCUGCAGCCUUAGAAAGUGUUUGCCAAUUCUGCGCACAAAACUUUGUUUAGUGAAUUGUAUUGGUGAAGUGAAUGUCUCAGCCAUUCCAGUGACAAUAAAUACAUAAACAUUCAAGGGCACAGAGUUCAAGGUCGCGAAGACUGAACUUGGCCCGGAGACACCAAGCCUGUCUCACGAACCUAACCUUGCUGAAACCAGAGGUUGCAGUGUUGACAAGGGACUGGAACUGCAACUUAACAUUCCCACAUUGUGUGACAGCUAGUGAAGAGACCUAGUAAGUCGCGUGGUCCUGUGUAUGUUUACAAACCUUCACCGGUCGCAAGUGACAGCAGGUGAAAGAGAGGGUUUCUUGUGCAGAAGGAAAGGCUAGGUGUCUGUCGUAGAGGUAAAAGAGACUUAGUGUCGCAGAAGAUAGUAAGGCCGGACAAUCUAGAAAACGAGCCUCCUGGUGUUUUUAAUGUCUUGCGAGCCUGGAGAUCAUGCGAAGAAUGUGCGACAAGGCGUUGUGUGAGCCACUGGUUUCAUCUUCAGUUACCGGUAUGGAUGACAGCAACAGUCUCCCCUCACCCGACUACAAGACAUAUCCUCCCUACCACAUGGAACCGUCAGGCUCCCAUCCAGAAGGCGUUUCCGCGCCCGUGGACACAAAACCCUCUUUCGAAGAGGUUUCGUCAUGCAACUUUGCGAGACCAAACGGUUGGGGCGAGGAAGCACCCGCUGUGGGCGACGUGAAACCCCAGGUGAGCAUCAAGCGGGAGAUCGUUGAGCAAGAGUCACGAGAUGGUGAGCCAGAGGGAGGCCAGAGCGUCAUUCGCUGCGUGGACACCAGCAUGCCUCCUCCAGACGGUGUAUGCUAUGACCCUCGAUCCAGGCGUCCUUCAGGGGGAUUCGCCCGCCCUCUUGACGUGCCUCGUGCUGGGGACGUCAUCAGGAGUCACCACGGGUCCCGCUACAGGGAGGUCCGUCGGAUGAACGAGCAGACACGACCUGACCAGCCACGACCGCCAGAUCUCACUCGACAUGUCGAAUCCAUGAGGAUGACCGAUUGCCCGCCGCCGCCGCCCUCGUCCUCACCUUCCUCCUCCACCACACCCACUUCCUCGGCUGGGAGGCCUCGAGCUACAGGGAAGAAGGAACGCAAGAAAGAAGAAACGGACGAUGUGUCCAGCUCUAUCCCAGACUUAGGUAAGUCCCAGAAACAACAUAGUUUUUCCCCUAUGAAUUGCCCGUAUAUCUUCCCCACCUUUUCCCUAGUUCUUUUAAUCCACGUGCAUUUUUUUUCAUCCAUACCAUGCUUUGUUGGUCUGCCGUUUUCAUGACCAGUGCUUACUUUGCUGAUUAUGUAUCCUCGCUAUCUUCGUCCCUCCUCCCCUCCCCUCCCGCCAAAGAAGUCCACGAUCAAAGUAAGUGCUGGGGCGUCCCCGCGUUCGUACU